UGAUAGGCCACUAACCAGAUGUAAAAACAUGAGACGGCUCUUCGACUCCUACAUUUUAUUGUCUGGAUGUUGGUAGUGGAGCCUUUUGAUCGAGAGAAAAUGAGCCGGAAAAGCAAAGAGCCCAAGAAUCAUAAUGAUACUGCAAGCCGUGAGAAACAAAAAGGCAGGGGGGUUAUGCAGCGACAUCCGACUUCUCCGGGUUGGAUAUUGGAAGUCUAUGCAGAAUGGGACUGCGGGUGAUAUUCUGAGCCAUCAACGUCCAAUCAAACAAGGAAAAAGGUACCAAAGCACCAAAGCAUGUGCGGGAGUCUGGAGACGUUAUUCCAAAUUAUAUUGAAAGCAACCUUGGCACCCGUUCUCUCGCUGUUGAGCAGCCAAUCAAUUUCCGUAGAUGCUGGGACGAAUUUCGCAGCACUCAGUGAGAUAUUCAAGUAAAGGCGGUCCUAUCGCAUCCCUGCAGAUGCUGUUACUCGCAAGACAAAAAAGUUGACAAAGAGGUCAGGGCGUCUUCGUUUUGAUUGUCUUGGUAUGCAUGCUAACUUCUGCAGUCAACAGUGCCCAAUGCAUAUAUCUGCAUAUUUGAUAUUAAUCAUAGUUUCUUCGGUUUGCUAUGUUAUUGAAACCUUUAUGGACGUGUCUUUCAUCUUACUGGUGGACUUGCUAGAGACACACUUUGUCCGUAUUCCGUAUGGUAAGUCUUCGCGAUGACGCUCCCGUGUGAGGCUUUCUAAGACACUUUCCCGUCGAUAGGAGCAUCCAGUUAGUUAAAUAUCAUCUAGGAGCUAGCGAAGGAUUCUAGACACGGUAUGAAGUACAGAAAGAUGUAUUUCUACAUUUUUUACUGGGCUCAUAACUACGGAGCAGGCCACCACUUGUUUAACCACUUGAUGCCUCGCAAUGUGGUGUAGAGUACACAGAACCCCGUAUCUAGUUAUGGGGCAUUCACGAGUCAAGGAGGCCACCAAGGUCGGGCUUUUUUCUUUCUUUCCUUUUUUACUUCUCUUUCUUUCGCCUCUCUCGAUUCCCGCUCUACAGAAGAAUAAUCCGUCGGCGUCCAAUUAGAAGUGAGGAAAAAGAGCCUCGCUGCUGUGAAUGGACGGAUCGCAUCUUCGACUUUGUUGGCCUUUGUUGCGAGUGGACGUCCUCUUUACCUCUGAGGGAGAUGAAUGGCUGAUGGAUGAAAGAAAGAAAAGGCAAGUUUCAGUCCGCCUCGUCAACUGCUGACAUAUUUGCCUGGUUACAUGUCAGUUAGUUAUUUGCUGCUAGAGAAAGAAAUCAGGCUAACUAGUCGCUGAUAUGAUUUGUCCAGUUUUCCUUUGCUUUUUUUGUUUGUUUUUGUUUUUUGGGACCAGCUGAACAUGAACUAUCCUCUGCCCUGCUCUCAAUAUUCUGGUUCAGCUUUUUCCGUGACCCUUGGCCAUCGCCUGUACAACACACCAUUUACUUCUGCGGCAAGGCGACGCGAUCAUAUUUAAGCUAGAGUUUUUAGGCUUGGUGGAGGAAAGUUAAUUAGCGCUCCUUUUUGUUCCUCUGGGUGAUGGCGCUGUGCAAACUAAACAGCUUCGAUGCAGUCUGCUCUGGAUAUCUACCUGCAUGAUGGACAGUCGAACCACGGAACUGUUAGAAAAAAAAAAAGGCGUUCUGCACCAUCCACAGAAUUGAUCGGGGAGAACGGCAGGAUUUUUGAAAGACGGGAACGAACAUUGGGUGUUUUAUCUUCAGUCAAGUCGAGUCGAGUCACUUGGGGGAAAGUCCCUGUUUACUUCGAACCAUAUAUACAACAAGAUGCCAAAAAGUAUAUAUACAUUGAUGAGGAGGCAAGCUCGAGUAAACCUUAUGGGCGGAAGCCUGGAGCUCACCUGGAGAACAAUAAUAUGUCUAUAUCCUAUCCAUGGAUAUGGUUUGCUUGGACUUGGAGGCUUUCUGCCUUCUCCCGCGCCGGCGUGGUGUGUCUGUGACGAUGACUUUGACAUUAGGGAGUAUGGCAAGGCGGGUGAAGGAGAGUGGAAAGGCGAGCCAUGGGCGAUGUCACACAGCAGCCAUAAGAAUCCACCCCAAGUGCGGGUUUCCCAAGGGCAAACCCAACCCCCAUUCCACUGCUGCGGACGUUUCUCAUCAUCGAAGGGCAUAUUAUAUUCUACGUGCAUACUCUGUACGAAAGGGGUAGCUGUCUCCUUUCUCCAUCAUAGGGAGAAUACAGUGUUUUCGUUCACCUUCAAGGAACCUGCAAAAAGCAUUAGCCAACCGUCCGACCUUUCUAUUGUGUCGGAUUGAUUAUCUCCAUCGCACCUCCGCGGCUGCUGGGUUCCCCUUUUUAUUUUUUUUUCUUUGCUUCUUUGCAGCCCUGCGAAGGCGGAGCGUCAGCAACAGGCUUCGAGUGACGAAAGAAAUGCUCCCAUCAUACUUAACUUAUCACCAGUCACCAUAUAUUCCUUUUUCGCUGCUUUCCAUUCCAAUUAACACAGAAUAAGAAAGGGAAGGUUUGGAGCGUCUUUGGAUCCCUGCAGGGAGAGACUAUGAGUUAAUAGAAACCUAGGGAGGCAUGGUUAGCCCUUGUUGCUGUAGAGGCGAAUGGACAGACCAGAGGAAGACACUACUGACUGACCUUUUCCACCGUAUCUUUUCCAUAGAGGUAGAGAAGAAAGAGAGGGCAAUGCAAAGCCGACGGACAUGACCUACUUCACACGAGCUUGUCUUUGCUUCUUUCUCUCUAUAUCUGGUCAACUGUCUUCCUCCUCGCCAUCUUCAUUCUCGUCUUCAUCAUAGCCGUUUUCUAUUCCCAUUUCCCAUUCCAUUUCCAUUCAUCAGCCACGCAAAGGCAAAAACGAUCUACAGCCAAAGCAAAAGCAACGCACCACCGAAAAAAGAGCCAGAAAAAGAAACAAUAAUUGAUCUCUUCACGGCCUUCUCGUUUCUUUUUGGCCUCUG